UCACCUGCACUGUUCACUGCUAACAUGUCGACCAAGGUUCUUGUGUUGGCUGCCAUUGUGGCUGCCACCCUCGCCCGCCCUGAACCUCCCCCAGCAUACGGGCCACCUCCAGCAUACCCCAGACCAUCCUACGGUGCUCCAGCUUAUCCAGACACUCCUCCCCGUUACGACUCCCAGUACGCUGUGAGUGAUGGUUCCGGCAACGACUUCGGUCACCAGGAGUCUCGCAACGAUUACGACACCAAGGGCUCUUAUUACGUCCAGCUUCCCGACGGUCGCCUGCAGAAGGUGACUUACGUCGUCAACGGCGACUCCGGCUACGUGGCCCAAGUUGAAUACCAGGGAGAGGCCCAGUACCCAGCCUACCAGCCCAGUUACAAGCCCGCUCCAGCCUACAAGCCAGCUCCUGUUUAUGCAUAAUCUGAUGUGAUAAUCUAGCUUCUUUGUUGAUAUCCAAUCCCAUGUUAAAUUUAAAUAAAGCUGUAGAAUUUAA